AUGUCCCAUCAUGCCCAUAUGUACUUGCAUCCAAACCUUGGCCACCUUCUACCCUCGCCCACUGCAGCUACCGAUGUAAGGAUCGCCAAGAGGCAGACCGGUAUCCGCAGCAGUACAGGGUCGAAGAUGGGACCCAAAGUCAAAUGCAAGCAUUACAACAUUGCGUUGCAUGGGGCUCGUGCCAUAGCACUUGUUUGUAAUGGUAAUUGA